UAAAGGGACCGCCGCGGCAGGGGAACUUGCUCGGGGGAAAGCUAUUAAAGGAAAACAGGACCAUGCUUUCCCUUGGGCCGUGGAUGUAGGAUGUUAGGACAUCAAGACCAAGAGGAGCUGACCACCGUGCGGGUUCAAGAUCCCCGUGUCCAGAACGAGGGUUCCUGGAACUCUUAUGUGGAUUACAAAAUAUUUCUCCAUACCAAUAGCAAAGCAUUCACUGCCAAGACAUCUUGUGUGCGCAGACGGUACCGGGAGUUUGUGUGGCUGAAGAAACGGUUACAGAAGAAUGCUGGAUUAGUGCCCGUCCCAGAGCUUCCUGGGAAGUCCACUUUCUUUGCUGGCAAUACAGAUGAGUUCAUUGAGAAGCGACGGCAGGGCCUUCAGCAGUUCCUGGAGAAGGUGGUACAAAACGUUGUACUCCUAUCAGACAGCCAGCUGCACCUCUUCCUGCAGAGCCAGCUCUCCGUGCCGGAAAUCGAAGCUUAUGUCCAAGGACGGGGCCCUCUGAGCGUCACGGAUGCCAUCCUCCAUUAUGCCAUGUCGAACUGCGGCUGGGUGCAGGAGGAGGACUGCCACUCAUCUGUGUUGGCUAGAGGGGAUUUGGGUGGCAGCUUUGACGGAGGAAGCCAUCUUGCUGGAAGCAGCAUCAAGCCCUUCCCUCAUUGGAGUGACAUCAGCAUGGAAGACAGCCAAUUGGAGAGUCCCGAUUCUGAAGAAGAGGCGUGCCACUCAGCAGGGUUACUCCAAGCCGGCUCCACGGCAUCAGCUGACCGUGUCAAGGAACAGUGAGAGUCCGGAAAAGCCCCUUUGGCUUGCAGGUGGAGUUGCACGUUGACUUGCGGACUCUUUCUCAGCAGUUGUGUUGCCUGUCAGGCCCUCGAGGGGAGGUGCUGCUGUGUUGGAUCUGGUGAGCCGAACGAGCAUCUGGCUUGGACCAGCGAGAACACUUGGUGAACUGAAAUGAACAGCUGGUGCCCAGGGAUCCUGGCAAUGCUCUAAAUGAGAUGUAGUCCUCCUUUUUUGUUGUUUGUUGCUCGAGUCUUCCUGAUCAGAGAGCUGGCUUCCUGCAGGAGCUUUCCCAGCUGAGCGCGUCUUUUCCUCACCACUGCACAGCAAUGGGCAGGAAAAGGCUCUGCUUUUGGAUUUGGUUACAUUCUCCCUCACUCUUCUCCCUACCUUCAUAACUGGUAGGAGACAGCUGGGCUUCUGAGAAAAGUACAGGCUCAUAGGAGUGCCGAAUUGCUCGCAUGGUGUUGGACUUCCCUCUGGUACGGAGCCAGAGAGCCCACCCACUGGCUGCGGAUGCCAUGCCUAUCUCUGGGUUCCCUUGGUGGAACUGCAUAAUAAUAAUAAUAAUGAAUUUUUUAUCUAUACCCCGCCCUCCCCGCCGAAGCAGGCUCAGGGCGGGCAGUUGGGAUGAGCGUCUCUCUCCUCUCCACCCCAGCUCAUUAGUGUGCAUGAUUCUUCUGGAAGCUGAUUAAGAAGAACAUAACUCGAGAGAAAAGACAACAGAAGCUUAUCUUGCAGUUUGCAUGCCUGAUGCAUAUCCCAGGGAACAAUCUCUUUCUUAGCUGCUUCAUUCUCUCGAUGCAGCAUUCUGCUUGAAAAGGGAUCGGGGGGCAUUCAAGGAACCUUCCCUAAAGUAGAGAAGUAAAAUUGCCUUCCUUUACACCCCCUCACACCUCUUGAUCUUUAGUAGGGUUGUUGUUAAUCUUACACAGUUAUCACCAUGCAGCAUCUCCUUAUGGCUUGCUCACUAUGUUCAACUCCAUGUUUUAUUUCUACCCCAAAAGGGCCAUGCAGGUGUGUGUUUGGAGGGGGGGGGGCAGUGUGAAAGUGUUGCCCUCCUUUCUCUACCUCCUCGUUCAGCAUGUUACAAAAAGGGGCUUUGAGAAAUACUAGUUUGGUACGUUAUGACAAAGGGCUUUGAAAAACACCUGUGCGACCCCCUCCCUCCUCCAUUUAAUUAAAAAGGGUAGCAAGUUUUUAGUCCUUGGUAUUUGAAGGAGAAACUGAAACAGCAGGUGAAUUUUGGUUGGGAGUGGCAAGGUUUGUGAUUUUUUAAAAAAAUGGGAAUAGUGUUCGCUUUGGCAGCAGCACAUAUGUUUAAAAAAAGGGAAACAGACCCUUCCUCCUUGAACUAAAAACGCUGGAUCUCCCUUUGUGUCCUUUUGUCUUCCCCUCAGUUUCAAUAAACACAAUGCAAGUUGAA